GGCUUCAUUCUGAGCCGAUCCCGGUGCCGAGCGCAGGAAGCUCUGCAGGCGGCCGCGGCUAGAGCUCCAGGGCAGCCCGCUCCCUCCCGCUCUCUCCUUCCUUCCCCGCGGUCAGCAUGAAAGCCUUCAGCCCAGUGAGGUCCGUUAGGAAAAACAGCCUUUCGGACCACAGCCUGGGCAUCUCCCGGAGCAAAACCCCGGUGGACGACCCGAUGAGCCUGCUGUACAACAUGAACGACUGCUACUCCAAGCUCAAGGAGCUGGUGCCCAGCAUCCCCCAGAACAAGAAGGUGAGCAAGAUGGAAAUCCUGCAGCACGUCAUCGACUACAUCUUGGACCUGCAGAUCGCCCUGGAUUCGCACCCCACUAUUGUCAGCCUGCACCACCAGCGACCCGGGCAGAGCCAGGCGUCCAGGACGCCGCUGACCACCCUGAACACGGACAUCAGCAUCCUGUCCCUGCAGGCUUCCGAGUUCCCUUCCGAGUUCAUGUCAAAUGACAGUAAAGCGCUCUGUGGCUGAGUCGAUGUCCACAGGAACUUAUUUUUUAACCAUUUCACAAGGAGGACAACCAGUUGAAUGGACCUUUUUAAAAAAAUGGAAGCAAAACUAAGAAGGAUCAGAUCAUCUUCCCCAGGGUGUCUCUGACCUGGACUGUGAUAUUAGUUAUUUAUGAAAAAGACUUUUAAUGCCCUUUCUGCAGUUGGAAGGUUUUCUUUAUAUACUAUUCCCACCAUGGGGAACGAAAACGUUAAAAUCACGAGGAAUUGCCCAAUUUAAGCAGACUUUGCCUUUUUCAAAGGUGGAGCGUGAAUACCUGAAGGAUCCAGUAUUCAGCUACUUAAAUGAAGUCUUUCGGUCAGAAAUUACCUUUUUGACGCAAGCCUACUGAAUGCUGUGUAUAUAUUUAUAUAUAAAUAUAUAGAGAGAGUGAAACCUUGUGAACUCUUUAAUUAGAGUUUUCUUGUAUAGUGGCAGAGAUGUAUAUUUCUGCAUACAAAGUAAUGAUGUACUUAUUCAUGCUAAACUUUUUAUAAAAGUUUAGUUGUAAACUUAACCCUUUUAUACAAAAUAAAUCAAGUGUGUUUCUUGAGUGGUGAUUGCCUGCUUUCUUUCAGGGGACCAGGGCUUUGGUUUUUAUUAUGCUAUGUUAUACUGAACCCAAAUCAAGUUCAAAUUUGUGUAGACUGUAUAAGAUUAUAAUAAAACACGUCUGGAGUCAACAUCUGAAUUCGGAAUGGUUUUUCAGAUCUCUCUUCCUCUCUCUCUGUCUGUCUCUCUCUCCCUUUUAUUUAACCCUGUCUCCUUCACCCUUUGCCACCACCCUCUAAGCCUCAGAGCUUGUGUGCAAAGAAUCUUAUCGGAUGUGUGGCCACGGCUGGGAAAGUUAUACACACAGAAGUGUCCCGUGGUCCCACAGGGAAAAUUAGUUCUGUGCCUUGCGGCUCAAUUUCCAACGAAGAGGGAAUUGCUGUGGCAGUAAAGCCUAGGAGUUAGCUCAUUCCAAAUAAAUGGAGUCUGCAAGAACUGUCUGGGUAGGAGUUAAGACACUUCUGGAGUAAAUGAAACUGCCCGUGUAUCGGAAGAGAAAAGGCUCCAGGAAAUUCAGAACACGAUACGACAGUUAGGGGAAAGGCAGAGACCCCUCGUUAUCACUGCUGGUGACUGUGCCUUGGAAGUGAGCUGCUGCAGGGCCUGAGGGCUCGGCCUCCACAGCCCUCCUGUGCUUCCCCACCUGCAGGCACCCAGCUCCGGGAGGCCGGGCUUGGCCUGGCCCACUUUCCAGCGCAGGUGGCUAUUAGAUCGCCCUUCACCCUUGACUGCACCCCUGGACUCCCAGGGAAGGAGAGGAGGGAGGCAGAGGAGAAAAAUACCUGCCUGCUAUUGCUACAGCAGCCCUCAUGUGGCAACAUUUGGACCCUGCUUUAAAAUGGAUACUUAAUGUAGAUACGUCUCUAAAAUUCCCAUGCAUUCAUAUACUUAAUUAGAGUCUCAAUUUGGAAGAUACUUUCCUAGGUGUGUGAGGGUGGGAGUAGUAGGUUCUGGAAGGCCUUCUGCGGGCAGGGAUGGGUGUCUCAUCUGGGGCCACUCAAGCCCACCCCAGCAGGUGUUUGGGUGAACCCACCGGUUCUGGCUCUGA